CAAAAAUGUCAAAUUAAGAAAAAUAUUUUUUAUAUCUAAUUUGAAUUUAAAAAAUGUGUUAUUAUAGUAAUUACUAACAAGUUUUGCGUGUGAAUUAUUUUAUCUGUAAUGCUUUAAGAGUCAAGGUAUCGAAUUUGAAACGAUGGCAGUAUCUUGGAAUAAAGUUAAUAGAUUGUUCACCAGGCUUUUGGAUAGAAAAUUUGUGCCUUUUAAUACAAGAUAUCUAGCUCAUGAAGCGACUACUGAGAACAACGACAAGGACACCCACUUUGGAUUUCAAACUGUUAAAGCGAGUGAAAAACAUAAGAAAGUUUACGAAGUAUUCGAAAAUGUAGCCAACAAGUAUGAUUUAAUGAACGAUGCCAUGUCGAUGGGAAUCCACCGAUUCUGGAAGGACUAUUUCAUGUUGAGCUUGUCACCCACUGAUAACACGAAACUAUUAGACGUGGCUGGUGGAACGGGGGACAUAUCAUUCAGGUUUUUGAAUUACGUGAAGAACGAAAACCUGAAAAAUUGCCACGUUACAGUCCUCGACAUCAACCCUCAUAUGUUAGAUGUGGGACAGCAGAGAAGCAAAGCGCUCAAGCACGAUCCUAAUAUGAUUGCCUGGAAAGAAGGCAAUGCGGAACAAUUGGAUCUCGAAGAUGAUUCAUUCGAUGCCUACACAAUAGCAUUUGGUAUUCGAAAUUGCACAUAUAUCGACAAAGUAUUAUCAGAGGCCUACAGGGUUCUUAAACCUGGAGGAAGGUUCAUGUGCAUGGAAUUCAGUCACGUUCAUUAUCCUUAUUUUCAAUGGUUGUACGAUAAAUAUAGUUUUCAAGUAGUACCGGUAAUGGGACAGAUAUUAGCAGGAGAUUGGAAUUCUUAUCAAUAUUUAGUAGAAAGUAUACGGCAAUUUCCCACGCAGGAAAACUUUAAAUUAAUGAUCGAGGAGGCCGGUUUCAGAUCGAAUAAUCCGUUCGAAGAGGAGGACGUGGACGACGAGACAUUUUUGCGAAAUUCGAGAAGGCCACCUCCUAGCACUAAUAAUGCACAGCCUACUUUUGAGGACCAAAUGCAGUCGUUCGCUGAGAAGAAAAGGGCGAUAGAAGAACGCACUGUGACUAGUACCGAGAGGAGCAUAAGUAUUUUGCGGGACUCGGAGCAAAUCGGUAUAGCCACUGCGGAAGAAUUGUCGAGGCAACGCGAAAAACUAGAAAAAACUGAUAAGCAAUUGGAUGAGAUUAACUCCACACUAAGAUUCUCCCAGAAACACAUAAACGGUAUUAAAUCGGUGUUUAGCAGCUUGAAAAAUUACAUGGCCGGUCGAAGCGAUUCGCCUAAUUCCACCACAUCGAGUUCGACACCUAGCACUGUAAAACAAUCUACGUCGAAUCAGAAUUUGGAAGAGAAGCUCUCGACGUACGACAGGUACGAUAAUCACCCUGCGACGAGGCUCCGAGAAAGGGGCUACGACGAAGUCAAUCAUUCAUCUUCGGGGAGCAAAGAUUUCAGCGCUCGCCUCGACGCCAAUUUGCAGGAAAUGUGCAGCAACAUAACCCGUUUGAAAGGUCUGGCGUCCGAGUUGGGAACGGAAAUAGAUUCCCAAAACGACCUCAUAGGUAAUAUCACCGAUAAAGCCGAAUUGGCCGACAUUACGAUUACCAGACAAAACAAAGACAUGGCGCGAAUUUUGAAAAAAUAACUGUAGGUUCUGGUAGUUAUCGAAUUUGAAUUCUAAUUGGGAAAUUUUUAACGGUUUAUGUGUGUGAUUGAGGUGUUUACAAUUUUUCUUUAGUUAAUUUUAUUUUGGUCAUAUUUUUUUAUUUACAACAAAUAAUCGUUUAUUUUUUUUUUGUUAUAUUUUUAUUAGCAAGCUGGAAACUUGUUGCUAUUUAGGUAUAAAAAUUUAAUUUACAAUUACAAUGAUAUUAUGAAUGAUUGCGUAUAAAAAAAAUGAAAUUUACACUCAUGUACUAUAUAACUUUGAAUGAACAUUCCUUAUUAUAAAUUUGCAUAUAGUAAAAUAAGAUAUAAAGUAAUUGUUUGUUGCAUGGUGUGCAAAAUAUAUAAGUAUAUUAUAUAAACCUAGAUACUUUUAUCGAAUCGACGCACAACAAUCAUUUUACACACUCAUCACAACACAUAAUUCCCUUUGUAAGCCUCGAUCGCAGCUCCCUCUCCGUCCGGCGAUUUCGCGGCCUCCGCCUCGGCGGCCAACCGGGCGUGUUCGGCGGCUAUUUUCUCGAACAGCGCCAGGUGCUUGCUCUUGGCGUACCGCACGGCCGCCGUAUCGACCGGCGUCGGCGCCCGAUUCGGCGCCUCCUGGUGCUGGUGCGCUAUGGCCGCGUACCGGAGCAGGUGCCUCGCCUUGGCGGCCGCCACGGCGGGCGUAUCGGACGGCAGAUCGGGCACGUGGUAGUUGGUGACGGGAUGGAACCCGUUUUUGUCCGCUAUGUAGUCGACGGUGCGUAUCUGGUGCCUCGGGUCCACGUAGGAGAAGGAACC